CCGGAGCCAGAGCGCGGGCAGCGCGGAGCGGGCGGCGGGAAGGUAGCGGUGUCCGGCGACCCGCCGCCCGGCUCAGUCCCCGAAAGACCCGGGCCCAGCCCGCCCGCCGGGGCCAGAGGGAGCCGGGGACGGCGCAGGCGAACACCCGCCGCCGGGCUCCACCGUGAGCAGUCCGAGGUGAGCCCGGGAGGAGGGCGCGCCCACCGGAGGUCCAGCCCAGCGCACUCCGCACGGAGCUCACUUGUGUCUGGAGCCGCGGACGUACCAGGAGGCGUCGGCCGGGAGCCAGCGCGGACAGCGGGGCGACCGGUCCCGGAGGGCGCGGGGGAGCCGGGCAGAGCGGCCGCGCGCCGAGCCAUGCGCGGGGCGCAAUAGCAGGAGGCGCGGGCUGCAUGGAGCGCGCUGGGGCGCGGGGACAGCGCGGUGGCCGGCGCCCGCAUGGGCUCCCGCUCGCAUUCCGGCUGGCGCUGCUGCUGGCUGGGUCGCCGUCGGGCCGCGCGGGGGCUCCCGAGGCGCAGGAGCCCGCAGCCUCCAGCACCGCCGCCCCGGAGGGAGGCGACCGCUGCCGCGGCUACUACGACGUGAUGGGCCAGUGGGACCCGCCCUUCAACUGCAGCUCGGGUGUCUACAGCUUCUGCUGCGGCACGUGCGGCUACCGCUUCUGCUGCCACGACGGCCCGCGCCGCCUGGACCAGAGCCGCUGCUCCAACUACGACACGCCGGCCUGGGUGCAGACGGGCCGCCCGCCCGCCCGCACCCGUGACACUGCCGCCCCGCGCGAUCCGGGCCGCGAACGCAGCCACACUGCGGUCUACGCGGUGUGCGGUGUCGCCGCGCUACUCGUGCUGAUUGGCAUCGGGGCACGCCUGGGCCUGGAGAGAGCGCACAGCCCGCGCGCUCGGCGCACGGUGACCAGGACACUGACAGAACUUCUCAAGCAGCCAAGCCCCCAGGAACCCCUGCCUCCACCUCUGGGCCCACACCUGGGUAACUGUGUCCAGGUACAAAUGGGUGAUGGUGUUCUUCGGGGUUCCCCCCUCAACAACACAGACAAGAAACGCCUCAAUAAUGCACCUCUGGGAUCUGCUACCCCGGGCCCCCCGCGCGGCCCCCGGCUGCAGGGUGGCGGCAGCCUGGCAUUGCAGCCCGACUACACCAAGUUCGCGACUCUCAAAGCAGCAGCCCUCAAGGCCACAGAGGCUGCACCCCAGGACUUCUAUCAACGUUUUCCCUCUACCGAGCCGGCUCCGCGGACCCUCCCUGCGCGGACCCCGCGUCCUCCGGAGGACUUGCCCGCGCUGCUGGAAGCCUGUCCCUGGGCCCCUCCGGGUUACGUACCUCCCGCCGGCCCUGUCUCGUCGGUCCCCUAUGCGGCCUGGACCGCGGGCCGCCCCACACGGCCGGUUCCCCGUGGCCACUUGGUGGCUCAGGUCUCCCCUGCGCCCCGGCGGCCCAGCCACGUGCCGCGGCGUCAGUUCAGCGUGGAGAAGCUGCCCGAGGCCUUCAACGCGCAGCCCGCCACCUUUUACAGCAGCGCGGCCCGAGGGCCCCGGCACCUAAGCACCAACAGCAAAGCCGAGGUCACCGUCUGAAGCAGAACUGCUAGAGCCUUCUGCGUGGUCCUGGGCCCCAGGCCGUGGAGUGGCGGUGCACACGGGACUGGGGACAUUUGGAGCCUGUGACUAAAGGGGCCAAAAGGGUAGGGCCAGGUGUUCUGCCCUUGGGAAUGUAGGGCUAUCCGGACCUGUGUAAAUAAACCCUCUAAUGUGGUUCCAGUCCCAA